UUAGAAUUCAAAGAUAUCUUCUGAGGAUAAAAAAUGCUCAUUUUGAUAAAUGAACUGUAUGAAAACUACUCUAAUGAUACUCAAGGGACUACUUUUAACCUCGUACAAAAGAUAAGGUGCCAUUUUUUAUAUCUUCCUGCUUCUUCCCCAACCCCCAAACUCUCUGAUUUCUUUCAGCUCGGCAUGAGAGAAAAGAAAAUACUUUAAAUCUCAACUGUCUCGUAAUAUACAAGCAUGCAGGAAUCAAUAAAUUUCAAAUCUUGGAUCCGACCCUGCUCGCCCUGAAGGUGCAAUGGGAGCCUCCAGUGGACCAAGGCGGCUAUCUGGGAUGCAGAAGCAAGUGCUUGCUUUAUAUAGGGGAUUCUUAAGAGCAGCCCGCUCCAAACCUGCGGAAGAGAGGAAGCAAAUUGAGUCAGUUGUAUGCAGUGAGUUCCGCAAAAAUUCUAAGCAAGUCGACCGUAAGAAUUUUAUUUAUAUCGAGUACUUACUUCGUCGUGGUAAGAAACAACUUGAUCAGCUCAAAAGCCCUGACACUGUUGGAUUGUCGUCCUUAAGUGUUGAUUCUUCGCGUACAAGGGGUUCAUCCUCCUAGAUUUUGUAAAGAAACCGCUCCUUUUUCAACCUACUGGAGUUGGUUGAUUAUAAGAUCUCUUUUACUACUAGGAUUAGGAAACAUUUGUAUGGUGCUAAUGACUGUAGUUUACCAUCUGUAAGGGGGGUUGACUUCGGGGCUCGAGAGACGGAAUAGAUAGCGCCCCACAAGUUUCGACUUCCCUGUUUGGUAAUACACUUGUUUUUCACACACAAUCAACAGAGGCCUUCUCGACAUAUGUUGCAAUGUCUUACGAUGCAUUGUCGUUUUUGGUUCUCUUCAAUAAGAAUCCUGAUUAUUCA